UUUCGUGCUGCGUCCCACCGUCUCGAGUCCCCCCAGUCGCCCCAGUAAUUCGUGAGCUUCUAUCACGUUCUGUUCAGUUAUCUGAACGUUAAGUACUCGAUUUUUAAUUUUAAUACCACCAAGUGCCUUCUACCCCUUCCCCUAACCAGUCCAUCUGCUCCCCUCAAUCCUCAAAAUCUCCAAUUGCGUGAGCACAACAAUUCACCGGAAAAAAGUUGAUUUAUCAUUUAUUUCGUUAAAAAAUCGUUGAGAUGGCGGAUGAGGCACACGAGAACGGCACGAGUAAUGGGGACGUUCCAGAAAUUGAACUGAUAAUCAAGGCUUCAACGAUAGAUGGCCGACGAAAAGGUGCCUGUCUCUUUUGUCAAGAAUACUUCAUGGACCUGUACUUGCUCGCCGAAUUGAAGACAAUUUCCCUGAAAGUUACAACGGUGGAUAUGCAGAAGCCACCGCCAGAUUUUCGCACCAAUUUCCAAGCAACUCCCCCGCCCAUUUUGAUUGACAAUGGCGAUGCCAUUCUUGAGAAUGAAAAAAUUGAGAGACACAUAAUGAAGAAUAUACCAGGUGGACAUAAUCUCUUCGUUCAAGAUAAAGAAGUGGCGACACUGGUCGAGAAUCUUUUCACUAAAUUGAAACUUCUGCUUGUAAAUGCUAAAGACAAAGACAAAGACCCAAAAUCGUCCUCGUUAAUGGCACAUCUCCGCAAGAUUGACGAGCACUUGGGGCGCAAGGGAACAAGAUUUUUAACUGGCGACACAAUGUGCUGUUUUGACUGUGAACUGAUGCCUCGUUUGCAGCACAUCAGAGUUGCUGGCAAAUAUUUUGCCGACUUUGAGAUACCAGAGACACUGGUGAACUUGUGGAGAUACAUGCACCACAUGUAUAGACUAGAUGCAUUCCUGCAGAGCUGCCCAGCCGACCAGGAUAUCAUUAAUCAUUAUAAAUUGCAACAGAGCAUGAAAAUGAAGAAACACGAAGAGCUUGAAACGCCGACAUUCACCACCAGUAUCCCCAUCGAGGUCAACGACGAUUAGACUUGAAUUAAUUUGAGCGAACAAGAAAUUAUAUCAGAGAAGCUGGGUCUUCUUGUAAUCCUUGCAUCAAUAUAUGUGGCUUGAUGAAAUAACUUAAAAAGUAUGUAAUAAGGCAAGAUCUUAAAAGUAUCAUCAAAAGCGAAAAUUAAGGGAUGAUUCAGCUGAGCUAUCAUUGUUUUGUAAUAGCUUCGAUGCAGACCAAUGCUUCUCAUAUUUUUAGGCUUUGGAAGAGAAAAUUUGAUUAACGAAUAAGUAUGUAACUUUGCCGCGAUACUAGAGAUCUUUGUAGAGGUUUUUCAAUUGUUGGACCUAUGACGUAUUUUCUAAAGCAACUUUUGUACAUUGAAAAGUGUGAGAUUUUGAAUUUUUACUGAUGAAAAUUGAGAGGUUGAGAGCUCUCUCAAAAUGGGACAUAAUAAAACGCUGAGGGAGGAGUAAUUCACAGACAUUUUUGAUUGCCAAUUGACAAUCAGUCGUGAGAAAACCCUGAAACCUUCGAGUUUUCUCUAUUUUUCUGCUUUGUUUUUAAAAGAAUUAUGGUCAGGGCUGGUGGAGCGAGAAUGUUUAGGGUGUAAUUUGUAAAAAAUUGAGACACUCAAAUUUUUUAGAGAGUUGAAUGUUCAAUCAACACGAGUCCCUUGCAUUUGGUGCUCGAUUUUUCAGAAUAUGUUCACUUCGCAAUUAAUUGUAAAUUAAAUUGACUCAGAUUAAAUUAUUUUUGAUGCAUCAGUUAAUAUUUGGCUCUUACCAUUUGCUCUGCAUGUUAGACCCUUCACAUUCGACUCUCAACACUCGAAUUAUCCAUGUUUCAUCAGCCUCGAUGAUGUUUUCUUCAUCUUAUCCAAAAAACUGCAACUUAUUAACAAACUUUUGAUUUAACGUCUUCUCGGCAUUUAACAAUUUUUGUUUCUCUAUUAUUUUUUUGUUUAAUUAUUUCAUUUAUCUAGGAAUACGUAUCACUGUUCUAUUGAAAACUAAAUGCAUUGAUUUGAGAUUCAUAUGAAUUUAUUUUCAUAACAUCUCUUCAUUUGUUGGAACGAAAAGAAAUUUCGUGGAGCAAAACAAUGUGCAAUUUGAGAAUUAAGUUUCAAUGAAAGGGGUUGUAGAAAUGUUUCUGUGCCAAAUUCCAAGGAUAUCACAACAAACUACCCAAAUCCCUCCUUUAUUCUUUAGAUUGUACUUAUGUUAAAAAUGAGUGAUGGAAUUAUUUUUCUUAAUCAUUAAUGCAGAUUAAUCCCUAUUUUUCUUUUUGUUUCUAUGAACUGAAAGCCCCGGAAUUCAUAGCGAGUUUAUUUUAUGAAGAUUAAUAUACUUGACUAGAGCUAUUUCUGUAUUAUUAAUGAAUAUUAUUAUUGUAAUUUUACAUAACCACUUGGUUUAUACACUUCAAUAAAAAAUCGGAAUUAUACGUACUAA